GUUAGAACCAGCAAAAUGAAGGGAAGGGGCAUUGUGCACGACAGGCCCGCAUGCGUUAUUUGCUUCUUUCUGCUGGUUUCCCUCUGAUCACUUUACUGUACCGUUUUGUGUCGAUGUAUGCAUGUCUGUGUGGCGUCGGGAGCAGGUAAAAGUUUAGCGGCAAGAGGGAAACGCCCUUGCUUGUUUCAGAGCUCAGUGACGUAAUUAUCAUUGGUUUGCAGGAGAGAGCGGUGUCGCCUGGCAAAGCUAAACAACAGACAACACGACACACACCGAUCGGAUCGAAAUGGCAGGAGCUGUGAGCAGCAGGGGUUGCCAGAAGAUCAGAGGCUCUCAGAUACGCGACCUCAUAGACUCGAAGCACAGCGUGCUUUUCGACUGCGACGGAGUGAUCUGGAACGGGGAGAAGGUGGUUGCCGGGGCGACCGAGGUGGUGAGUUUGUUGAAGAGGCGAGGCAAGAACGUGUUCUUCGUCACGAACAAUUGCACCAGGCCCAGGGAGAAAUACGUGCAGAAGUUUUCCCGGCUGGGAUUCGCAGACGUGGCGCAGGAGGAGAUCUUCAGCUCGGCGUAUUGCUCGGCGCUCUACCUGCGCGACGUGGCCAAAGUGCAGGAGGGGAAGGUGUUCGUGAUCGGCGGGGAUGGCGUCUACGAGGAGCUGCGCGAUGCCGGCGUGCCCUUCGUGGAGGGGGAUGUCGACGAUUCCGGCAUGACCAUAGUCGACUGCCCGUUAGAGGCGGACGUGAAGGCCGUCCUCGUUGGGUAUGACGACAAGCUGAGUUUCUUGAAACUGGCCAAAGCCUGCUGCUACCUGCAGAACGGCGAGUGUCUCUUCCUGGCCACGGACCCGGAUCCCUGGCAUCUGCUGCGGGAGGGGCGGGUAACUCCGGGUUCUGGCAGCCUCACGGCAGCCCUGGAGACGGCGACCGGCCGCAAGGCCACGGUCAUUGGGAAGCCAAGUCGCUUCAUGUUUGAGUGCAUUGCCAGCCAGUUUGGCGUCGAUCCUGCCCAGUCACUCAUGGUCGGUGACCGUCUGGAAACGGACAUCCUCUUCGGGGCCAACUGUGGUAUGGAGACCCUGCUCACUCUCACCGGGGUGUCCACAUUGCAGGAGGCGCAGGGGUACAAAGACAGCGACGCUCCUGACAAGAAAGACUAUGUCCCCGACUAUGUAGUGGACAGCAUCGCUGACUUUCUGCCUCUGCUGGAGGACGAUGACUGAAGCAAGACUGGUCCAGCCCCUGUUGACUUCGUGCCACUUCUUCAUCACCACUCUUCCCAAGCAGACACCAUGCAGCAAUGACUACUGGAUGCCUCAUGCGGCCAGUCAAGUGCUCUGUUACAAGUGACGCCUCAGUAUUCCACUACAACAAAAAUACUCGUAUGUGUCUUGACAUGCUUUGUCAAAAAUAAUGAAGAUGACCAUAUUAAAGAAAAGUCCAUUUAGUUCUGUACACCAUCAUGUCUAGAUCAGUUAUGACACAAAGGGGGGAGAGGGGAUAAACCAAUGGGAGUAGGGGAGGUUAAGAAAAUUCUUGCUAGGAUAAGUUCACUAAGAUGUGAAAUUUUCCUUUACUAGGUAUGUUAGAUAAUGUCUUAAUGGCUGUCUUUACAAAAUCAUUAGCUGUUUAUCAGUUGGACAGAUUCUGAGAUGCACAUCCAUCAUUCAUGGCCAUAGCCUCGAGGGGUGAUUUGUCCUGGACUAGGUUGAGUUUCUUGUCAUUGCCAACCCAUUUUUCUGUAGUGGGUGAGAACAGAAACUCACAGUAACAUAUUGAAAGCAUACCCUAACAGUUUGUUAAUUCUAAACUUCAUAAUUCAUGUCAUUUCAUAUAUCUGGGCCUGUCUGGUGUGUUUAUUGUGGGGGGGGGGGAUUUAAUUUGAAUACAUGCCAAGGCCAGGCCUUUUGGGAAAAUUACUUUCCUAAAUUCACAGUCUGAAACUGCUUGUCCCAAGGGGGGGUGUGGCAAGCUGGAGCCUAACGUGGCAGCACAGG